CAGGCGCGGUGCGCGGCUGUCGCGGUGCCGGUCCGUACGCGGGUUCCGGCAUGCCGGGCCGGUGUCUUGUGGCCGGGUUGCGGUUGCCUGCGCGCCAUGGAAUGCCUGCGUUGCCUGCCCCGGCUGCUGCCCCGCGCCGCGCAGUCCCGGCGGGCCCUGCGUACCGCGGCUGCGCGCCUGAGCCCCGCGGCCUGCGGCGGCCGCGCCACCCGGCUGCUCGGGAGCCAGAAGGCGCCCAGCGCGCCCCACGCCUCCGGAGAUGGGCACCGGUUUAGAACCUCUGAUGCCUCUCAAGCUACAUUAGCCAGCGUGGCCCAGGUGUUUGCUGUGACAAAAUUUGACAAAGAAGGAAAUGUGACCUCUUUUGAGAGGAAGAAAACUGAGUUGUACCAUGAGUUAGCACUCCAGGCUAGAGACCUGAGGUUUCAGCACGUGAUGAGCAUCACUACCAGGAACAACAGGAUCAUCAUGAGGAUGGAGUAUUUGAAGGCUGUGAUAACUCCGGAGUGUCUUCUAAUACUAGAUUAUCGGAAUUUAAACUUGGAACAGUGGCUGUUUCGGGAGCUGCCAUCACAGCUGGCUGGGGAAGGUCAGCUUGUCACAUACCCAUUACCGUUUGAGUUCAGAGCUAUUGAAGCACUCCUGCAGUAUUGGAUCAACACCCUUCAGGGGAAGCUUAACAUCCUGCAGCCACUGAUCCUUGAGACCCUAGAUGCAUUAGUGGACCCCAAGCAUUCUUCUGUGGACAGGAGCAAACUGCAUGUCCUACUCCAAAACGGCAAGAGUCUCUCUGAGUUAGAAACAGACAUUAAGAUUUUCAAAGAGUCCAUUUUGGAGCUCUUGGAUGAGGAGGAGAUGCUGGAAGAACUCUGUCUCACCAAGUGGAGUGAUCCACAGGUCUUUGAGAAGAGCAGCACUGGGAUUGACCAUGCGGAGGAGAUGGAACUGCUGCUUGAAAACUACUACCGGUUAGCUGAGGACCUUUCUAAUGAGGCUCGGGAGCUUCGGGUUCUGAUCGAUGACUCACAGAGCAUCAUCUUCAUCAAUCUAGACAGCCAUCGCAAUGUGAUGAUGAGAUUAAAUCUCCAACUGACCAUGGGAACCUUCUCUCUUUCACUCUUUGGACUAAUGGGAGUUGCUUUUGGAAUGAAUUUGGAAUCUUCCCUUGAAGAGGACCAUCGUGUGUUUUGGCUGGUUACAGGAAUUAUGUUUAUGGGAAGUGGCCUCAUCUGGAGGAGGUUGCUUUCAUUCCUUGGAAGACAGCUGGAAACUCCUUUGCCCCCUGUGAUGGCCUCCUUACCUAAAAAGACCCUUCUGGCAGAUAGAAGGAUGGAAGUGAAAAACAGCCUCAGGCCAGAAGGACUUGGAGCAAGCAGGACUGUCCUGGCAAGCCGCUAACAGCAGCCUGGCAGACAAAGAGUUUUAUACAUCUGACACUGUUACUACUUUCUGGGGAAAAAGACAACUGUGUUUAAGUCUAACUGAAAAUACUGUGGCAUUCACAAUACUAAAACUUGAUGGCAUCUUUGGAAUUCCCUGACACAAAGUGCUUUCUUUGUAAAAGGCCAAAAUCUGUGGCCAAGCAACCUUGAAUACUGUUUUUAUGGGUUUUUUAAAGUAUGGAUUGAUUUAUUGUGAGAUACACUUAUCUAGAUUCAGUGCCAUUAUACAUAUCAAGAAGAGUCCAGCUCUGUGCUGAAGGAGCCGAGGAACCCGGCAGAGCCCAUUGUUCCUGCGCUUAUGGCCGCAGUCCCUCACACAGGGAGUCACGUGCCUAUCAUCUUCUGACUCAGGGUAGAAAGCUGGCAGAUCUGUCAUCCUUGCAGCAAACCCUGGAAUGUCAGUCCUUGAUAGAACUUUAUUUUCAGGUAUUUGCUCUCUUUUUAUUUAUUAGAUAAAAGAAAGUUUAAUUUAAUGUCAGCAUAUCUGGAUUCCAGUUACUCAAGAUUGUUACUAUUUUUCAUUGAUUGGUUAUAAAUAGAACCCUGGGAAGUAAAGUUGAAAGAAAGUAUUUAUUCUCUUACAAUUUUAUAGCUAAAAUUUUUCUAUUUUUCUUUAAUUGGUUAUAAAUAGAACCUUGGGAAGCUGGAAGUGUUUACUCUCAAUUUUAUAGCUGUUUUGAUCAUUGCCUGAUUUAAGAGAUUGUCAUGCUACCCCCCCCCCCAAAAAAAAUGUAUACAGCCAACUGAUUUGUUUGCCUACCUUUCAAACUUAGCAGAGGGGCUUAUCAAACUAGAGGAUAGCUGAUGUAAGAAUUGUGGAAGCGUGUUCUCCCCAAUCGGAAGCUCUUUUUUAAAACUCUUGUUUAAAAAAAUGUUAUAGCAGACGUGGUUGGUCCAUCACCUGGACUCCAGUCCUUGAAGGCUGCAGCAGGAAGAUUAUGGAGAGUUUGAGGCCAGCCUGGGCUACAGAGUAAGUUCUAGGCCAGUGGAGGUGAUAGAGUGAGUUCCAGGCCCGCCUGGAUGAUGUAAAGUUUCUCAAACGCCAAAUGAAAUGGGGCUGGGAGUGCUGCUCCCUGGUCGAGUGCUUCCCACAUGGAUCAACCCUCUAGCAGUACAUAGUGAAUAGCCACAUUGCUGAUACCUGUCAGUCUGAGAGCUGUCAUCCUGAUACCUGUGCAGCCUGCCUUUGUGUAUUUUCUGGAGGUUUCAUUCAGUUGUAUGCUAGAACAUUAAAAAAUGUGCUUCCCAAAGUAAUACCCUUCUUAAGAUUGUAGUAAGGCUAGAGCAACUCUCAGCCUGCAGAGUAGGAAUAAUGAAGAAGUACACCCACCCCAGAGGACGGGCGCUGAUUGCCCUAAUAGUAUCCCACAAGAAUGUCAGGUCUAUUUACUGGGUAAUUUAGUGACAGGAAUAAAAAAAUGUUACUCCAGUAGAAAACAGAAAGUUACAAGUAAGCUCCCCUCCUGUGUGGGGCUGUGAGAAGCUGGUCCAGAGCAGCUGAGCUGGCCUGGUGUUCCAACUGAGAGUGGCCCCUUUGCAUCUCUGGGUGAGAUGUUGGAAUGUGACUUUAUGGAAACUGUAGCAGCUGAAUUCUUUGAUAGCGUCCAAGAUCAUCUUUGAUGAUGCCUGGAUUUCACAGCACACCAAAGAGCAUUCUGCUGCUGUGGUCAGUUAAGCUAUGAUGUCUUAGAUUUUGCUGAACUGAGAUACAUGUAGAAUUGGAGUCCAUUUGACCACAGGUCAGACAGGAUUGAAUCUUAUUUUCCCAUGUUCUGUUAGUUUAUGAGCUUGAAUAAAGUAAUUGUCUUGAUUAGUUAUGUCCCUCAUAGCAGAGGGACAAAAUGUAACUACUCAGAUAAAAGAACAGAACUGGUAAUUUGUAAAAUUUUUAAAGGUCGUAAGAUCAAUAAGGAUUUUCAAGUGAAACUGCUACUUAAAGGAAAUGUUGUAAUUGUUGUAAAUGCUACUUAAAGGAAAUGUUGUACAAAAUGUAAAAAACACUUAGUUUUAUGAAUGAACAAGCAGUCACAUCCCACUUUGAGCAUGACCAAGGAUGUGUGAUACUUUUGACAGUCUGCUCUUAUGUUCAGAGCCUCUGAGCCAGUGUGGACCAAGCAGAGGUCAUCCUAUGAAAUGAUCCCUCCUCGCUUUGUCCUUAACAACAGACUGGAGUAUGCACUAAACAGCUCCCACUGACAGGCCAUGUGGCAGGUCCAGGAGCUGUGCAAAACUUUAUUUCUUGGAAUGACAGCAGUGAAGCAACAUUUGAACUUUAGUGUGAUAACUUCAGUAAUGUCCAGAGAGGUGAUCUAAUGGAGGGAUUGGAAUGGGGUCUAGAGCCCUGAGCUCUACUCCAAAACUAUCAUCCUAACUUCAUUGUCUGAGGAUAAGACAUAAAGUUAUUCCCAUCUUGAAGCCUUGAAAAUGUACAGAGAAAUACGGAGAAGCAAUAUGUGAAUGUCUGUUGGAGUCUUGAGGUAAAGAUCACCAGGUUAAACAGUCGCACGGGGUUGCCGCUUUAGUUUGCUCCAUCUGUGUUACUAAGCAUUGUAGGGCUGUGUAGGGCUGCUUCUCGAACCGUUAGUCCUUGUUGGAAGACUGUAAGCCACCUGUGGUGGGUAGUAUUCAGACUGUCAUAUGCUAAUUUUUUAUAUAUCGGGUUUUUCCAUAUUCUUCACAUUGUCCUUCAAAAAUAGGUGUAGCAUUUACUUUCUCACAGAGGAGUCAAUAUUUUAAGUAUCCUUUCAACUUGAAGAUGGGUUUGAUAUCUAUAAGCUUUCAGCUUUCUUUAACUGGUGCCUGCUACAUGAUAUGUUCAGAGAUCGAGCUAAAGAUAAAUUCUGUGGCCACAUUUAGACGGACUCUUGUCAAUUAUUGGAGCAAAAGCACUGGCACUUUGGGGCUAGCGUAUCAGCCCGGGGUGUGAGGAGGCCCUUCCUGCUGAGCGCUUACAUUUGCUGAUUUGCUAGCAUUGUGCCAAAACCCUUUUGCUCGCAGUGAUCUUUUGAUAAGUUGAACUGCCAGUUCCUACCACAAGAAAAGCAAAUGUCCUUGUGUGCUUCUUCCUGUGCCUUAGGGGGCACAGUACACACAGCAGCUAGUCUGUGGGUGAGCGUUUACGUCCUGUCCUCCUUUCUCCCCUGUGAGUCUUCUCAGUGGAGUUUCUUCUCCUUGGUCUCCCUCAUUCUCUCUGCAGAGAGAUCUCUCUCUGAGUGGAGCUUGUCACCCAUUUCCUUUUGUUUUUUGAUAGCAUUUCCCAGGCUCAGAAGGAACAGUAUCUGCCUCAGCUGACACAGAACCAGCCAGUUACUGUUUGCAGGUAAAAGUGCUGGCAUAUUUCUCCUGAAGCCACACUGUGGGGCUGGCACACAGACGCCACCCUAAAGAAUAGACCAAGAACAAGUGAAGCCACUUCCCCCUGGGUUCUUUGCUGGUCCCUUCUAGUCACCCUGGGCUCAGGCCACACCACUCCUUUUUGCACUCUGUUGAUGGAGCUGGCAGCCUACCACCACAACACUCUGUAAGACUUAAAACCACAGUAGUGAGGUUCAUCUUGUGUUGGAACAGCCAGCGCCACAGGCUUGAUUGAGGCAUGAGAUAGCUCAACAAAAUUUAGUUUCUGUAGUUGCUCUUCACUGUAUAAAAUGUGAGAACAGAAAUCCUCACUGAGGAAGGACCAGUGUGUGGGGGAUGCCCUUCCCCCAUGCCUUUCUCUAUUCCUUGCACAUUGCUUUCAUUGUACUCUGUGCCACCAAUUUGACAAAAUAUCCAAAAGAAACAGCUCAAAAAGAGGGAAAUGUUUAUUUUGGCUCACAGUUUCAGCCAUAUAAGCUCCAGGGUGCAUGUAAGCUCCUUGUUGCUUCGGGGCUGGGGAAGAAGCAGUACAUCAUGGCAGAGGAAUGCGGCUCAUUUCAGCACUGGGAAGCAGAGAGGCAGAGAAGGACGUGGGGUCCUGGUACACCCCAAUGGCAUAACUUCUUCCAACAAGGUCCCACUCCAAAGUUUCCACCCUCUUUUAGCUGGGGACCAAGCCUUCAACAUAGGAGAUUUGGGGCACAUUUAAGAUCCAAAUAAGACUAACCACCAUUAGCAAGGAUUUUUACAGGAGCAAUUGUCUAGAGUCGUAAGAGCUAACUACACCCUUUCUAGGUAGGAGAGAGAGGCAUUCCAGAAGAAGAAGAGAUGAGUUAUUAAAGUCCCAAGCACAGGCAGCAGGCUCAAAAGAGCUUUAGAGAGCACAUGACCUCAAAGUGCCUACUGCUCCCCAUCGUCCCCAUAGACACAUAGACACAUAGCUGACUUUAUCUCCAGGUAGUCGGGCUGUCAGAAUGUCUAUGCCAGGAGUCCCACUUCUGUCAGGCUUCACCGUGGAAACACUGGAGGACUGUUUUGUCCAGCCUGGAACUGACUUGGCCCGAGAGAGAGGGGCUGAAUAAAAGAGUGGAGUGACAUCUUCAGUCUGAGCUGAGGCUGUAGACAUGAAGUGCCCCAGAGAGCCGGCCUCCCCAAGAACUCCUUCCAGCAGCGACAACCACUUGGUUCUGUGGAGGACACAAUACAGGCAGCACUUAUGACAUUUCCGCUCUAAAGCAGAAAUCAUACCGUGCUUUGAAUGCAUAGGAAAGCAAUGCUGGCCAAACCCCAAAGCCCCGACUUGUGCUUCUUUCUCUUUAAUUAGACCCCACUUUUUCAGAUCUGUAAGUUCCAAACAACCCCAGCCCCUCCCUCUUGUACAUAACAAGGGGGAAAUCUGUAAGUGUGUGCUUAUUGAAGAACCUUUUUUUGAGAGUGUAGAGCAGGAAUCUGCAGUGACAGGGCUCCCUUCAGGCAGCAGUGCUGCUGCCUAAGAUAUUCUCAGGCCCACCUUCAGAGUUACCUUCAAAACCUGCUGCAGGUUGUGAAAUACUUUAGCAGUGGCAACAUCUUCACAGUUAGCAGUUAAAUUGGAUUUUUGGUAAUUGCUGAAAGUAAUUUUAGAUCAUUGCUGGUAAGUGAAAUAUGGCUGAUCAUGCUGGCUGUUAGCACUUUAGGCAGCAGGCUAUGACAUUUAUCUUGGUUUCAUUUUAACACUAACAACUCCGAAAUGGAUGAUAGUAGUGGCAUUGUAUUGAGGCCUUACUGUUUGACAGAUUCCAGGUGGAGUCCUUACUGGCACUUAAUACUGCAGUGUCAACGAAAGAGAAAGUUUAUCUUUUCAGUUAACAAAAUGAUAAUUUCUUCCUCUCUUCUCUUAUUUAUGUAACUAAUUUACUAAAUGUGCUUUUACUUGGGCUACAUUCUAAGUCUCCUUUCCAUUUCCUCAUCAAACCAUACUCCUCCCUAGAGUUAACCCUUCCUGGCUGCUUGCCAUCUCCCUAGUCUAACCAUCUUAGUGUUGUCUCAAGGCCCAUAGGUUCUACAAGACCUCCUGGACAUGGCCAGCAAAGAGAGCACUGUCCUUAGUCCUGUGUCAUUGUGCACUGAUGUCAAAGGUCUCAGCUACAUUUAUUCCACCUAAGUUGUAAAUGGUACUGUAGGCCGUGUCCCACCGUCCCAUCUACUCGCAGAUGCCCAGUGAUCACCCGCUGACAUGGGCAGGCUUGAGGAAGACGCACAGUGACAGUGGCAGUGUUGCUUAGGUAAGUCUCCAGGCUGCAGGUUCCACAAGGUUCAUGUGUCCCAGGAAGGAAGCGUGUCUGAGCAUCCUAACGCAGGUCUCAGAGGAAGGCCGCCCUGAUGUUGUAUACUCACUGAGCUGUAAUGCCCUGAGUUGGACGUGAGUUGGGAAAGUGAGGGAUGUUAACGGCGACACAGGUGAGCUAGUUAGAAAGGUUAACUUGCAGACUUGCACAGCCUGGAAUCAACUGUACAGUACUUUCAGCUUGCCUUUAUCACCACUGCCCUUGGUCAGUGUCUUGAUAUUGUCUAAUUUUUUGAAAAUGCACAAAAUUCUAAGUAAAAGCCAAGUGUAUCCUUUGGAGAAUCCUUUCGUAAGCUUAAUAACUGCUCUUUCUUAACCCUAAACUCGUAUCAGGCUCAUUGGUGUUGGUGAGAACUGUUGACCACCAGAGGGCGGUUUCACUGACUCUUCCCAGCAGGACCUAUGUCCUCAGCUCCCCCCCCCCCAAGCCUUACCAGAUUGCUGUCUUUACAUACCUAAGGUCCCACCCUUGAGAUUCCUGCUCGCUCUGCUCCUAACAUUUAGUCCUGUGCCCAUCACAGACCUACCCUCCCUGUGUUUUUCAAGAGCUGUGACCAUCCUGUCUGUGUUUUAUAGCCUAGGACAGUUGUACAAUACCAAAUCCUAAAGUAAAUGAAUGGUUUAGUGGCUUAGUUUGAUUUCCUUUGUUUUGAGGGAGGGUCUCACUCUAACCCAGGCUAACUUGGAACUCUUGAGUCCCAGGCUGGCCCCAAACUCCUACCUCAGAGUCCCAUGUGCUAUGAUUACAGGCACGAGCUACCACACCUAACUCUUUAGUAGUAUAUAUUAAGGGAAAUUUCUUAAAUCUGUAUUUAUUAAAAUGUAAUAUUAAAUGUGUGCGCUUUAGCAGUCCCACUGCUAUGUUUCUCACCUAAAAGGACAUUUGCACAAUCAUGUAAAAAUCCAGGUGCAAGAAUGCUCACUACAGCAUUGUCUGUAAUAGUUUUAAAAAAUGGAAAUAACAUAAAGAUGAGAAUGUAAUUGAAUGGAAUUAUGGAAUGGCCAGAAAAUAAAGUAUUGUGUAACUAUUGGAAAGUG